GGCGGCGCGCUUUACGGCGGUAGCGUCGGUGCGUGACGCUCGGGCUUGGCUGCCUGCGAGUCACACGUGGCCGGGGCGGAGGCGCGUUGUUGCUGCUGCUGCCGCCGGUUACGCCGCUGCGACCGCCGUUCCCGCUCCCAGUAUGAAGCGACCGAAGUUAAAGAAAGCAAGUAAACGCAUGACCUGCCAUAAAAGGUAUAAAAUCCAAAAAAAGGUUCGAGAGCACCAUCGAAAAUUGAGGAAGGAGGCCAAAAAGCAAGGUCGCAAAAAGCCUAGAAAAGACCCAGGAGUUCCAAACAGUGCUCCCUUUAAAGAGGCUCUUCUUCGGGAAGCUGAGCUAAGGAAACAGCGACUUGAAGAACUAAAAGAGCAGCAGAAACUUGACAGGCAGAAGGAACAGGAAAAGAAAAGAAAACUUGAAACUAACCCUGGUGUUAAGCCAUCUAACUUGGAACCUGUGAAGGAGGAAUCUGGGCAGUGCAAAGCUAAGGACAAACCCAAGUCAGGCAAACAGAAUCCAAAGAAGUUGUAUUGUCAGGAACUUAAAAAGGUGAUUGAAGCCUCAGAUGUUGUGCUGGAGGUGUUGGAUGCCAGAGAUCCUCUUGGUUGCAGGUGUCCCCAGGCAGAAGAAGCCGUUGUCCAGAGUGGACAGAAGAAGCUGGUACUUGUAUUAAAUAAAUCAGAUUUGGUACCAAAGGAGAAUUUAGAAAGCUGGCUAAGUUAUUUGAAGAAGGAAUUACCAACAGUGGUGUUCAGAGCCUCAACAAAUUUGAAGGACAAGGGCAAGAUAAUCAAGCACUUGAAGGUCAGGAAGAGAACUCCCUUCAGAAAUGAAGUCUGUGUUGGGAAAGAAGGCCUUUGGAAGCUUCUUAGAAGUUUUCAGGAGACUUGUGGCAAAGCCAUUCAGGUGGGAGUAAUUGGUUUCCCAAAUGUGGGGAAAAGCAGCAUCAUCAACAGCUUAAAACAGGAACAGAUAUGUAAUGUUGGUGUAUCCAUGGGGCUUACAAGGUACAUGCAGGUUGUCACCCUGGACAAACAAAUCACAGUUGUAGACAGUCCAAGUUUCAUUGUGUCUCCAGUUAACUCUGCCAGUGCACUUGCUCUGAGAAGUCCAGCAAGUAUUGAAGUGUUGAAACCAGUGGAGGCUGCUAGUGCCAUCUUGUCCCAGGCUGAUGCUCGACAGGUAGUACUGAAAUUUACUGUUCCAGACUUUAAGAAUCCUCUGGACUUUUUUACAUCACUUGCUCAGAGAAGAGGACUGCACCAAAAAGGUGGAAGCCCAAAUUUAGAAGGUGCUGCCAAACUGAUAUGGUCAGAGUGGACAGGUGCCUCCUUAGGUUACUACUGUCAUCCCCCUACAUCCUGGACUCCUCCUCCACAUUUUAGUGAGGCCAUAAUGAGAGACAUGAAACAGGGCCUUAACCUGGAAGAACUGGAAAAGAACAAUGCACACAGCAUACACAUCAUCAGGGGCCCUCGUUUAGCCAGUAGCAUCCUUUUCCAGUCUUCGGGUCUGACAAAUGGAAUAAUAGAGGAAAAGGACAUACCAGAAGAACUGCCAAAACAGAAAGAGAAAAAACAGGAGGAGGGGGAGGACUGUGAUGAUCUUGACAGCGACCAGGAUGGUGUUGAAGAAUCAGCUAGUAUAAGAAAAGAGUUCAGAGAUGUCCAGGGCAGGAAGAGGCCUGGGAGGCACCACCUGAGGAAUCUCAAGCAGGUGGGGCAUCUUGGGUGGAGGGAUUUACUAACAAAGCAACAUGAUGGGUCAGCACCACCUUACAUCUCAGAUAAAAUGGCUGAAGAGGAAGAUGAUGCUUAUGACUUCAGUACAGACUAUGUAUAA